AUGGAAGGAGUGACAUAUGAAGGCAGAAAUACUGUCAAUAAUUUGCAGAUAGACAACGAAAGAAACUGGAGUGUAUCUGAUGCUGGGUUUUGUGUUUCUUUCCUUGCUUCUCUCAUCAUGAUGCCAUCCAAAAGGGAAUUCAGAGCUCUAGUGAUUGAGAUGGUGCUGGCCACCGAUAUGUCCUGUCACUUCCAGCAAAUCAAAGCCAUGAAGAAUGCUUUGCAGCAGCCAGAAGGAAUUGACAAGCCGAAAGCCUUAUCACUAUUGUUGCAUACAGCAGAUAUCAGUCAUCCAGCCAAGGCCUGGGAUCUCCAUCAUCGCUGGACCAUGUCUUUGCUAGAGGAGUUCUUCAGACAGGGUGACAAAGAAGCAGAACUAGGACUUCCCUUCUCUCCACUGUGUGAUCGCAAGUCUACUAUGGUUGCUCAGUCUCAAAUAGGUUUCAUUGAUUUCAUCGUGGAACCCACUUUUACUGUGCUGACUGACAUGACCGAGAAGAUUGUGACUCCACUCAUUGAUGAAGCUUCCCGCUCUGGCAUGUCCGGGUUCAGGCGUUCCAGUCUGAAUAGCAUUAGUCCCUCCGAAGUUAAAAGAUCAAGUGUCAAGAGCACUGGGUCUGAAGGAAGUGCCUCACUCAACUGCUCCAUACUCACUGUGGACUUCAAAUGUUUUAAAGCCACCUGGACUGAGGUGGUGCAGCAGAACCGGGAGAAAUGGAAAGCGCAAGCCACCAAAGAAGAAAAAGCUAAGAAAGAAGCAGAGGAGAAUGCUCAUCAGGGAACAGAUGAAAAGAAAACAGAUGAAAAGGAUGAGAAGAAGCCGGCUGAAGAUGCCACAGCAGCAAAGACAGAGAACAGCAAAGAACCAAAUCCUGGGGAAAACAAAAGCGCAGAUUCCAGUAAGAAUCAUGUAAAUGGGACUCGGCAAACUGGGGUGAACAAACACGAAACCUCUCAAGGGAAAAAUGCACCUAGGACAGAUAAGGGAACAGAGUCUCAUCAUGCAGUGGGAGAAGAGAAACAGCAUGUCCAGAAUGGUGAAUUAAAGGAAGACAAUAAGUUGGACAAAAAAGAUCAGCCUAGUCUGGGGGAUGAAUCAAAGAAAACAGAUG